AUGUCCGAUGCAGGUCCUCGCAUGAGUGACACGCUACGUGUGCUGGUGUCCACGGAUAAUCAUUUGGGCUAUGCAGAAAAAGAUCCAGUACGUGGAAAUGAUUCAUUUCGUUCAUUUCGUGAGAUUCUACAACUUGCACAGCAUGAGAAGGUUGAUCUCUUACUCUUAGGUGGUGAUUUAUUCCAUGAAAAUAAACCUAGUCGUCGUACUUUAUAUGAAACCAUGCGUCUUCUGCGUACUUACUGUAUGGGUGAGCAUGCUGUUAAUUUUCAAAUUGUGAGUGAUCAAAGUAUCAAUUUUCCAAAUUUUGGAAUUGUAAAUUUUGAAGAUCCAAAUUAUAAUAUUGAGCUCCCUAUAUUUAGUAUUCAUGGAAAUCAUGAUGAUCCAGCAAGAGCAGGAGGAGGAGGAGAUAUGACACAAUCAUUGGCAGCUCUAGAUUUAUUAAGUGCUGCUAAUUUGGUGAAUUAUUUUGGUAAAAGUGAAAAAGUGGAUGCAGUUGAAGUGUCUCCAGUGUUAUUGAUCAAAGGAGCUACACGCGUAGCUAUUUAUGGACUAGGGAAUAUGAGAGAUGAACGUCUGAAUCGAAUGUUUGCACAGGGAAAAGUGGUGUUUAGAAGACCAGCAGAAGAAGCAGAAGCAUGGUUUAGUAUUUUUGUAGUACAUCAGAAUCGAGACGACAAAGGAAGAGGGAGCAAGAAUUGUGUUCCUGAAAGUGUGAUUCCAGAUUUUAUUGAUCUUGUAGUGUGGGGACAUGAACAUGAAUGCCAGAUUGAUGUCCAAGAGAGUGUCAAAGGAGAUUUCUUUAUCACGCAACCAGGGUCAUCCGUUGCGACUUCAUUGGUGGAAGGCGAAGCGAAACCCAAGCAUGUUGCAGUAUUGGAAAUAAACGGUCAGAGCUUUCGGAUGUCAAACCGUGAAUUGCAUACCGUACGACUAUUUAAGAUGGGUGAGGUGGUUUUAAAUGAGGUUGAAGAGCUGGAACCGAAUGACCCGGAUGUAGCUGAACACAUUGGCGAGUAUCUGGAAGGCAGAGUGAUUGAGCUGCUACAUGAGGCUGAAUUGGAACAGCAGGAAAGGUUUGAGAAACGGUCGAGAGAACGUGAGCUGAGACAACAGGAGAGUCCCUUCCCGCUAGCAGAGAUUACAAAUAAGGAAGAUGGAAAAGAACUUGUGCUCAUUCGUCUGCGUGUGGAACAUACUGGUUUUCCAGUGAUAGUUAACCAACGGUUUGGUGCGAAAUUUGUCGGAAAAGUGGCCAAUCCUAACGAUAUUUUACUAUUCUACCGACGAAAGAGAGAUCGUCUUAAUGCUUCGGACAGCAAAGCCAGUAAGGAGCUGGAGAAGUCACUUUUGGGUCGGCCUGUGCGACCGACGCCGCUAGCCGCAUUGACCAUCGAAGACAUCUUAAGCAAGCAACUGUGUGUACCUGAACGGAAACUUGUGCUUUUGCCCGAGGCUCAGCUAGGAAUUGCACUAGAGAAAUUCACAUUGAAGAACAACGCAUCAGCUAUUCAGGAGUUUGUGGACGGCGUGCUCGACGAGACUCAACGUGAACUAAGCGCUAAGAGUGAUGCUAAGUCAGCACAGGAUAUUCUAAGCGUCGUUGGAAAGAAAAAAGAACACACUGAUGCGCUGCUUGCAUUGGAGAAAGAAGAAGAGGAAGACGAGUUACGAGAUAGUGCCGCCGAGCUUGACACGGUAUCGGGAGGUAGUCUGUUGGCAGACGGGUUUCGAUCGAAGCGGAUCACAGAGGAUAAUGGCAGCUCGGCUGAAUCGCAGAACGGGCGGUUGGGUACGCCAAGAACCCCACAAAGCAAAGCGGUUCGCCCAACGAGAAAACAAGCCGCGAAGAUAUCGUCAUCAGUCUUUUCAGAUCUUGAAGAUGACAGUGACGAAAGUCCACGUCAAAGGAAGGCGUCUGCGCCUCGAAAAACUUCAGCAUGCUCAAUCAGGAACAAGAAGCGGAGGACAAGUGACAUGUUACUUUCCGAUGACGAGGAUGUAGCUUCUGCUGCUGAUGAUGAUGGAGAUGAGGACUACAAAAUGGACGAUAUGGAAGAAGAAGAUAUGGCUUUGCGAUCGUCAGUGAAGCCCCGUGCAAGAGCCUCGGCCCGACCAACAAAGGCCAAGAAAUUAUCACCGAUGCGCAAGCGCCUUCGUAAGACAAAAGGUCAAGACGAUGACAACUUUAUGCCAUCCUCUAGUAUGCGUAAUAGAGCUGCGCCGACAAAAUGCGACAGUCAAGCAGAUGAGGCAAUAAAUUUGUGCUCGGACUUUGAGCCAGAACAACCAGCACCUAGAAAGCGUGUCAGCCAGACAAAGGCGAACGUAUCCCAGCAACACAGACUGGAUCGCCUGUUCAAGACGCAAAACCUAAAUAGGAAUGAUACCGACGACGUCGAAAGCGACCACGAGUUCACGCAGCUUGCCCAGCAGGCAACCGGCCACAUCCAAGACAUAGUUGGCUCGUCGCAGUUGCAGUCCGAGUCGCAGGCGUCUCAAGCUCGUGGGGGAGGCUCCACGCGGCGCAAACUGCCGCUGUCAAUGACUACAGCUUCGCAACCGCAGUCUCAAGAAUUGAGGCGUCGUGAAGCUGCUGCCCCUGCUGCUCGUAAGGGAUGGGGUCGUUCUCGGCGUUAA